AUGCAGAACGCACGGACGGCCCGCAAGGCUAAGGAGAUCCAAGGGUACGCCGACUACAACGAAUGGAAGGACUACUUCUCCGCCAUCUACUGUCCGCCCGCCAAAGGUAUCGCACCUCUCCUCGGCGCCAACUGAAAUACCCCGCUCAUAGAGAAGACGCAAAUUCUGCAGCGAUGGGCCCAACAAUUCAGAGGCGUCCUCAAAAAUCCCUCCACCAUCUCCGACACCGCCAUCGUCCGCCCGCCCCAAUUGAAGACCAACACCAACCUCGACCUCCCACUCCCUCUUCACGAGACUAUUAGUACCGUGCAGCUGCUCUCCAACGAGAAAGCGCCCGCAUCGGACGCUAGCUGCGCGGAGGUCUACAAGCACGAUGGUCCCGAAUUCAUGGAGCAUCUGACGGCACUGUUUCAGGAUAUGCGGCGUCAAGGAGAAGUCUCGCAUGACUUCAAGGACACCACUAUCAUCCACCUAUACAAACGGAUAAAAAACCGCCAGCUCAGCGACAACUACCGAGGCAUCUGCUUGCUGAACAUUGCCGGUAAGAUAUUCGCUCAAAUUCUUCUCAACCGCCGGCACAAUCACUUGGAUCAAUGUCUUCUGGCGAAAAGUCAGGGCGGCUUUGGCCGUUAUCAUGGCACCAUGGGCAGGAUCUUUACCACCCACCAACUGCAGGAUAGGCGUCAGGAGAUGCGGACCCAACUGCACUUUUCUUUCGUGGAUCGGACGAAUGCAUUCGACAGGGUGAAUUGUGACGAAAUGUGGAUAAUCAUGCGGUGAUUUGGCUGCCGCGGACGACUCAGUCAGAGGGUGCGUCAGCUCCAUGAUGGCAUGAUUGCACGCAUUACGGACAAUGUAGAUGUCUCGGAGGAAUUCGCACUGACCAACGGCAUAAAACACGGCCGCGUCCUUGCGCCUACCCUCUUCAGUCUUAUGUUCCCAUCCAUGCUGAUGGACGCUUAAUGCGACGAACGCCCCGGGAUCCGCCUCGCCUAUGGGACGGCUGGCCAAGUCCUCAACCACAGACGGAUGCACUUCCGGUCACGUGUAUCCACAGUCACCAUCCAUGAACUUCUGUUCGUCGAUAAGCAUCUCGGGAUCCGCAUCGCCAUACAGAACUGUGUGCAAACUGUUUAACCACCUGACGAUGCAAAUUUGAUAGCGUUCUUCCACAACCACCGUCCACUAGGAGAGUCAGACUGAAACAACUCCUUCUCAGCGUGUUUACGGCACCCUCACGCAUGUCAGAUGUACACUGCGCAACCCGAUUUGUGUGCAAUCAUGGUGCUUGUGUUUGAGGAGCUAGGACAUGCAUGGAGCGCGCGUAUACACGUUCACUAGACCCUGUCAACCACCGCGCCCAUUCCACGAUCCAGUCAAUGGACCGUCUCGGACAUUGGCUGUGGCCUGAGAAUGUGAAGUGAGAGUGAGAUCGACGACUCAGCGCAUUUUCCUCCUCAUUAUAAAGUAUCUGAAGCUAUCACGGUGCACUAAAAGAAGUGGCUUGGCAGGUUGCCAACUGACGGGAUAGCAUGGACCUCGCAGUCGACCUAAUGUGUUUGCGUAUGGAGUGGCUGGCUGGUGGCCUUAGAGUCAGGUUCCAAUGGCUUCAUCAUACCGUGGCUUCUAUGGCACUCCCAAUGCGUGGGAUCUGACCCGGGUGUGGCGGCACGCCUAGGUGCGUCUCAGCCGCGCCAGCCUCAAUUCUUAGUUCUUGUUGAUGUUGUUGUUUGUCAAAAACCCGGUUGUUUGCCGUUUGGACCAGGGGGUGGGGAGUGGAACGCCAAGGUGCGGGCUCGACCGUACCACCAAACUGCGCCCUCCCCUACCUCCGGUUCUCUGGACUCUGUCUUGAAGCCAACUCCAGGUGGGGGAGGAGAAGAGUGUGGUAGAUACAGCGCAAGUCUUCCACCUCUUUAAACUUAUGCACGCGCAAGUCACUGUCGCUGAUCUCACACUGUUGUGGAGCGUACGGAGGACGUCGUCGGAUGCGACGGUCGAAAUGUUGUGGCGUUGUCGUAGUCAGGCCCAGGCCAACAUUGGUCUUUCUUCCACUGAACAAAAGUCGGGGAUCAAAGUGGAGUUUGGUAGCCGUCUGGGACAUAUGCGCAGCCUUAUAUAUUUAAAGCACUGCUUACCCCCGCAAAAGGAGAGGGGCUAGAAAAGUUGAUCUAAACAAAUGCUGGAGUCCCACGCCGUCUGUAGGUUGAUUAUUUCCACAGACUCGAAACUCACUGUCAAAUAGAUUAAAAUCGAAACAACACUCUUGCCCUUCCUCCCCUUCCCUCUAAUCCUUCCUCUCUCCCGCCAUUUUCCCCCCUUCCUCCUCCUGCUACGCCUCCUCCACAUUCGCGUCGCCCCACUCGUUGUCCGCAGACUGCCAGGGUGAGUCCGCUCACUGUGGCAGCCUUGAAUGUUCGUUCCCUUCUAGACAAUCCGGGGGGCAACUGAUCGGAACGGCGAGAACAGGCGCGAUACAAGGUGGACAUCGCCGCACUCAGAGACAACCGAUUUUACGAACAAGGCCAACUGAAGGAGGUGGGUGUGGGCUACACCUUCUUAUGGAGUGGUUGACCGAGGGCAGAGCGACGAGACGCGGGUAUCACUUUCGCCAUCCGGAACGACAUCGUGGGACGACUGCCAUGUUUGCUGCAGGUCAUCAACGAUCGCCUGAUGAGCCUCCGCUUUCCUCUCUGGGUUGGAGAAAUUAUCACCCCUGUCAGUAUCUACGCUCCGCAAAAUGCAGUUCGCAAUCGUUACGGGCUUCACAUCAGCCCCGAACCUAGAGAUACACAAGGCAGUUAUCCUGUCGACGUUGAUACAUGGAGCGGAGACCUGGACUGUGUACAUGAAGAAGGCACGUAGACUCAAUCAUCUCCAUCUCAGCUGUCUUCGACAAGUAUUGAAUCUGAGGUGGCAGGACGAGAUCCCAGACACGGACGUACCGGAUCGAAUGGGUAUCCUCAGCAUACCUGCAAUGCGGCCAACUAGUACGGAUGGACGACGGGCUACUAAAAAGACUCUUCUUUGGCACUAAAAGCAUACAACGAAAAUACCUCUUGAAGCGCCUGUAGAUAAACCUGGCAAGCUGGGAAUACCCCGUCCUGGACAAACCAAUGUGGAAGAGAACAUUGAGGACAGGCUCAACAAUCGUCGGAGCCAAUCACAUCACCGCCGCCGCCGCCUCACAACGCCAUCGUCCAAUCAUCUCCAACAUGUCCACAAUGACAGCGAGCAUUCUGGACGCCAAUUGGACUUUUUGGACACCUCCGUUCCGACUGCGGCACACGGACUGCACCAACCCUCGUCUCUCCUCCCAUCUCUCCUUUGCACCUCCCACAAGAUCAACUAA